AGCAGCCAAUGCGGUGUCUACGACUAUGAUGUCUAUGCUUUUUACAUUUAGUUCCGGGUGUUAUUUUUUUUCAGAAUACUUAAAGAGGAUAAUGUAGUUUCUGCUUUAUUGCUGCAUUUAUUCUGGAAGGUAGUUUCCGAUUUUCAUUUGACUGUUUACCCGGAACUCGAUAUUCUCACCAGUAGUUUAUUUUGAAGGUUUAAUCGGAAGCUUGCCUUGCCUUCCUUACUUUACUUUAACACUAGUGUACCUAUGAAGAUGUCCUUAUUACUAAAAUGAAUAUUCACCCUUUAUGUGGAAAUGAGAGGACAUUAGAGGUAUAAAAUAACAGUUUACAAAACGGGUGCUGUUAUUUAUUUUCCUGGAAGAAUCCUAGCCUUAGCUAGCAAGAAGCUGCCGAUAGCUGUGGAUGCUAAAAGGCUAGGCUAACUUCAUCACGUUCUGAGGGGCGUGCCGAGUCGAGCCAGGCCGAGCUGAGUAAGCUGAACUGUCUGGUCUUUUAACGCUCUUUUUGUUAACAAGUGCCCUGGACAGAUUCAACACCCACACCACUGUUUAUUUCCUGGUGCAAGCAUCCUGUCGAGAUGGACAAUCUCAGUGACGCCCUGGAGAAGCUGAAACUUGCAUCGACGGACAGCAUAACAGACAGUGUGGAGAGCUGUCUGGACUGCCUGCUGAAAGCGCUCGUCAACAAUAACACAGAGGCUAGCGCAAAGAUUCAGGAAAUGGGCAUCCUUCCAAUGCUGCCCACUAUGCUAACCCCGCAGUCAACUUGCACCCCAAAAGUCGCUAACAUCAUUGCAGAGAUGGCAAAAAACGAGUUCAUGCGCAGUGCCUGCGUUGAAGCUGGCCUCAUCCCGCCUCUCAUUCAGCUGCUAAACUCAACCGAUCAAGAAGUUCUACUGCAGACAGGACGAGCCCUCGGCAACAUCUGUUACGAUAGUCAUGAGGGCAGGAUCGCGGUUGACCUGGCAGGAGGGGCUCAAAUAGUAGCUGAACACAUUAAAACCCUCUCCCAAAAUACCGAAGUGGCAAACGAGAAGCUCUUGACAGUCUUUUGUGGCAUGCUGACGAACUAUAGCAAUGAUAACGAUUCCUUACAAGGUCAGCUAAUCAGCAUGGGUGUCAUUCCCACUCUGGUGAAGCUCCUAGGUGUCCAUUCUCACAACACUGCUCUGACCGAAAUGUGUCUCAUCGCCUUUGGGAACUUAGCCGAGCUAGAGUCAAGCAAAGAGCAGUUUGCAUCCACCAACAUUGCAGAAGAGCUGGUUUGUCUUUUUCAGAAGCAAACAGAGCACGAGAAGAAAGAAAUGAUUUUUGAGGUUUUGGCUCCUCUGGCAGAAAAUGACGUGAUCAAGUUGCAGCUGGUGGAGGCGGGCUUGGUAGAGUGUCUCCUAGAGGUGGUAGCCCAAACUAUAGAUGGAGAACGAGAGGAAGAGGUGGCCCAGUUGAAGACUGCCUCUGACCUAAUGGUGCUCUUGCUGCUGGGAGAUGAGUCCAUGCAAAAGCUGUUUGAGGGCGGAAAAGGGAGCGUCUUCCAGAGAGUUCUCUCCUGGAUACCGUCUCAUAACCACCAGCUACAACUAGCCGGGGCUCUUGCUAUUGCUAAUUUUGCCCGCAACGAUGGUAACUGUAUCCACAUGGUGGACACCGGCAUCGUACAGAAGCUACUGGAACUGCUUGACCGCCACGUUGUGGAAGGCAACGUUACUGUGCAACACGCUGCUCUUAGCGCACUACGAAAUCUAGCCAUACCUGUCGUGAACAAAUCCAAGAUGCUAUCUGCUGGAGUGGCCGACGUGGUGUUGAAGUUCUUGCAGUCCGAGAUGCCGCCGGUCCAGUUUAAACUCUUGGGGACUUUACGUAUGCUUAUUGAUACACAAGUGGAGGCAGCGGACCAGCUCGGCGCCAACACGAAGCUGGUGGAGCGUCUGGUGGAGUGGUGCGAAGCUAAAGAUCACGCCGGGGUGAUGGGAGAGUCCAAUCGACUUCUUUCUGCUCUGAUUCGACAUAGCAAGUCCAAGGUAAGACAUCAGGAGGUGGUCAAGAUGGUCAUCCAGGGAGAUGGAGUCAAGCACUUGGUAACCAUGGCGACCAGCGAGCACAUCAUUAUGCAGAACGAAGCGCUGGUGGCGCUGGGCCUUAUUGCAGCACUUGAUUUGGUUGCAGCUGAGAAGCACUUUGUGGCUGCCGACCUCGUCGCGGUUCUUCACAAGCUUUUGUCUGAUGAAAGGAGUGCACCCGAAAUUAAAUAUAACUCCAUGAUCCUCAUUUGUGCAGUCAUGGGAUCUGAGCCUCUCCACAAAGAAGUCCAGACCCGUGCAUUCAUCAAUGUGGUCUCCAAGCUCCGUUCGCACGAAAACAAGACGGUGUCGCACCAGGCUUCUCUCACUGAGCAACGGCUAACCGCCCAGAGCUAGAAUGCUUACCCAGCUCCACUCCUAUUAAUGCCUGCACCUACUUUACCUUGUACCCCCCUACUCCUCCUAUCGUCGUCAUGUGCCAAGGUACCAUGUUGCAUUAUCAACCAAACAGUUCGACACAUUUAUAUAUAAUGUAGAGCAUAAUGAAAAAAAUAAAUUAGAAGCUGUAGGAACACCACUACACUAAAAGCCAUAAUAAUGAGGUUUAUUUAUUUGGGUGAUGCGUUCAGGUCCUUCAUAAAAAGACUGUCACUCUUAACUUGUGCAUGCAACGCAAUAUAGACGACCAUAGCUGUGACGCCAUUUUGCCCAACGCUAUGAAUGACGCGGCUCAAUGUGUCUCCAUAUUAAAUAUACAACUGCAUGUUCUUUUUUUCCUGUCUUUUGAAACCCAAUACUUUUUCCAGUGUUCCAAAACAACUGAUGUAGGAUCUACAGAUUUAGGGCAAGGAAGUGCUAAUGCCAAACACAAGUUGAUUAGUCAUGUCUAGUUAACAUUUUCCCCCAUAUAGUGGCCACAAUAGAGAGUAGCUGGUGACUGUUUGUUUAUUUUUUUUAAUAUUAACAACCUAAUAUUAACUUCUUUUUUUUUUUUUAAUCACCCAAAUUAAUUAAUUUGAUUAAAAUCAAUUUAUAAGCAUGUAUUGUCAUUUUAUCAAAUAAACUCCAAUAAAAAUAGAUAUAAUAGUGUCUGAACUAAAGGAUUUAUCUCAGUAUCUUUCCAAUAGUGUCCAAAUAAAUGUGAUUUAAUUAAAUAUACAAAUAUAUUGUCACAAAUAAAAAGUAGGCUUCACCAUAGUUUUUUUGAAUUAUUUUUUUCCAAAAUAAGUGUUAUUGAAUUAAAUAUAAUGAAUCCAAACAUACUGUAUAUACAUUUUUGAUAAAUAAAAUGAUAAAUGGGUUAUACUUGUAUAACGCUUUUCUACCUUCAAGGUAUUUAAAGUGCUUUGACAGUAUAUCCACAUUCACCCAUUUACACACACAUUCACACACUGAUGGAGGGAGCUGCCAUGCAAGGCGCUAACCAGCACCCAUCACGAGCAAGGAUGAAGUGUCUUGCCCAAGGACACAACGGACGUGACUAGGAUGGUAGAAGGUGGAGAUUUAAGCCCAGUAACCAGCAACCCUCCGAUUGCUGGCACGGCCACUCUACCAACUUCGCCAUGCCAAAUCAAUUAUAUUAUUAGACAUUUUUCAGAAUUUUUUUUAAUUAAUAAAGUAUAUACAUAAAAAACAGCAUAACCAUCCAAACGAAGGCGGUAUUCCCAAUUUGUAUUUUUUUCCAAAGUUGAUUAUAAUUUAUUUUAAAAUGUGUUAUGAAAACAAUAUACAUUUCUUAAAUAAUUUCCCCCUUCUGAUUUUUUUUUAUCAGUUUAAAAUAUAAAACCAAGUAUCUCCAAUUUUGUACCAUUUUGUUUUAUUUUUACAGUUUUUCACAAAUGUAUUACAUUUAGAUAAAAAUAAUCUAUAAAAAAUUAAUUCAAAAGUAUUGAAACAAAAAAAACAAAUAAUAUUUAAUUACCAAAUAAUAAAACAGUGUAUCUCCAUUUUUUGUGUGCAUGUGUUUGUUUGGAUAGAAACAAAAUUGUAAAAACAAGAUUUGUCAUAUAUAAUAUGAUUGAUGAAAAAUAAAAUAUAACAUCUUAGUUAGUGAGAUGUUUAUUCAUUAUUUCAUUAGCGAUAAAAACUCAACGUCAGCAUCAACUUCAGCUUUACAGAUGCCAGGAGGUCAUUACAGGCCACUAUUUGAGGAAAUCUGGAAACUGGGAUUAGAUUAUUUUUGUUUCAGUGUAGGACAAGAUUGAACUAUAUUUAUGUGUAAUUUGAAUUGUAAAAAACAAAAGCAGCAAGCAGUCGCACACUAAAAAGAAAGUAUGGCAAGUUUUAACAAGUGCGUGCACAUUAGACACAAGGGUCUAAUAUUUUUUAGUUUUUAAGUAUGAAUGUUUCUUUUUCAGUGACAUGAGAUGCAUCCAUAGUAAUACUACCAUGGACAUAAUAUUACAUGUUUGUUGUAAAUGUUUGAAAUAAGAGAAAAAAAAUUGUACAUUUGGAUGAUUGUAACUCACAUAACAGAUAAUUAAAAGAUGAUAGCCAGCU